AUGUCGGGGUGCCGUGAGGAGCAGCAGCUCAGAACCGAACUGAGUCUGUGUGAGGAGGCGCAGAUGCUGACGAGAACAUCUUCAUCCUCUGUGGAGCAGCAGGACGGAGAAGUUAAAGAGGAGGACUUCCGAAACCAAACAGAUGAUGGGAUUUUAGGUGGAGGAGCGGCGAUUUUGGUGGGGCGGAUCACCUCGGUGCACCGGCGCGACGGAGGCUUUCAGGUGACGACCGUGAAGGAGGAAGAACCUGCAGAUGACGACUGUGUGUACGGCCGCGCCCCGGUGCAGGACGGGCGUCGUUAUUCCCGCCCACCUCGAUCGUACCCUCCGCCGAGGCGACCCGACCACGCUGGCACCGCCAAACCAGAGAAACGGCACAAGUGCUCCCAGUGUGAGAAGAGCUUCUCGUACCCGAGUCUCCUCAGACUGCACCGGCUGGUUCACAGCCGAGAGAAGCCGCACCCGUGUGCACGCUGCGGGAGGAGUUUUCGAGACGGAUAUAAUCUACUGAGGCACCAGCGCAUUCACGCCACAGACAGGCUCUAUAACUGCUCGCAGUGUGGGGUGAACUUCCCCGAGAGAACCGCCCUCGGGGCGCACCGGUGCGUUAACGGCGAGGUGAAGCCGCACCGGUGCUCGGUGUGCGGGAAGAGCUUCGGUAAGAAAGGUAUUCUGAGAAAGCACCAGCGCAUUCACACCGGAGAAAAGCCGUACCAGUGCUCACGCUGUGACAAGAGCUUCACCGAAAGCGGAAACCUGAAGUUGCACCAGCGCAUUCACACCGGAGAGAAGCCGUAUCAGUGCUCCGACUGCGGCAAGAGUUUCGCCUACCACGGCUCCCUCCAGUCCCACCGGCGCAUUCACACAGGAGACAAGCCGUACCGGUGUUCCGAGUGUGAUAAGAGCUUCAUCACCCACAGUGCUUUCCAGGUGCACCAGCGCAUUCACACUGGAGAGAAGCCCUACCAAUGCGCGGUGUGUGGCAAGGGCUUCACCAUCCUGAGCAACCUCCAGCUACACCAGCGCAUUCACACCGGAGAGAGACCCUUCCUCUGCUCCGAGUGCGGGAAGAGCUUCACCAACCAGAGCGGCCUCCAGGUGCACCAGCGCGUUCACACCGGGGAGAAACCGUUCCAAUGCCCGGUCUGCCACAAGAGCUUUACCGAGCGAGGCGCCAUGCAGAAACACUGGCGCAUUCACACGGGAGAGAAGCCGUAUCGGUGCGCCCAGUGCGAGAAGAGCUUCGGCCGGCAGGAUUAUCUCCAGCAGCACCAGCGCGUUCACAGCGGAGAGAAGCCGUACCGCUGCACGCCGUGCGGGAGGAGCUUCAGCGACAGGAGCACUUUAGCCAAACAUCAGCGCAUUCACACAGGAGAGAAGCCGUACCGGUGUUCCGAGUGUGGCCGUAGAUUCGCCUACUCCAACACGCUCAGGACUCACAAGUGCGCCAACGUAACGAUGCCAACCUGUGAUACGUGAAUAUAAAAAACUUGGCACAACAGAAAAUGUUUAUUAUUAUUAUUAUAUAAUAUCAAGUUUGGUCACUAACGAUGCCAGUCUGCGUGGUCGACGGUUCCAGAGAGUAUAACGAAAGUUCUGGAGUAAAAUCCAGUCAGGACUCACAAGUGUGCCAACGUAAAGAUGCCAGCGUGCGAUACAUGAACUUAAAAUCGAAAAGCUCUGAAAUGGUGCCACCCUGACGCACUCGCCCUGCAAUCGUCCCCGAAAAUCACAUCGCCACGAGGGUGUAUUUGUACCUAGCUUGUGAUUGGGAUGGCGUUCCUCUUCCCUCUGCCCAUUAGAGCAGCAGCAGCCAAUCAGGAUGUUGGCACUGACCUUUGGAAGAAGUACCCUGAGUGGUGCCACCAUGAAGCGUCACCCUGUGGUCUGAAUUUUGAUCCCUGAUGGUCCUCUACCCUCUAUAGUGAGUGGUUGGGACAUCAAAGCAUCCCCAAUAAGAACAGUGAUAGCUCAGUGGUUAAGGUACUGGACUAGUAAUCAGAAGGUUGCCAGUUCAAGCCCCACCACCACUGUUGGGCCCCUGAGCAAGGCCCUUAACCCUCAGUUGCUUGAACUGUAUCCAGUCACGAUCGUAAGUCGUUUUGGAUGAGCGCCUCCUAAAUGCUGCACAUGUAAACGUAAGUAAUUCCAAAAGUAUGUGGACACCUCAUUCCAUCCCAUCCCAAAUCCAUGUGAGGUAAUACACACACCCCUGUAUAACUUGCAGCUAUAACAGCCUCUAAUUAAGAGUUUGGGGUGUCGGUGGGUUCCUCCUCAAUCAUCUAUGUCGUAAAUAUGCAGCAUUUUUAUUCCACCUGUUAGCUGGGCGUGGCUGAUACCCCUGAGCUGAACUCAUUAUGGUAUUUUGGAGGGGUGUCCACAUACUUUUGGUCAUGUAGUAAAUAAUACUUGUGUUUACUGGCUGGAGAAAUUAAUAAAUCAAGACACAGAAAUAAAUAGUGUUUUUUUUUAUUGUUGGCAUGACGUUAAGGUUUAAUAAAACCGAUGAUUCUCG